CAACAACAACAACAUCUUCAUAGUCUCGGCCAACAACAUGCACUUCACCACCCUAGUGGCACUGGUCACCGCACCCCUGCUGGUGGCAGCGGGCAUGUACCGCGAGCCAGCCAUCGAGCUCGACGCAAAGACCUUCAAGAAAGUCAUGGCCAAAGAGCACGCGUCGUUGGUGGCUUUCGUUGCCCCUUGGUGUGGACACUGCAAGAAUCUCGCGCCCGAAUACACCGCCGCCGCUGCCUCUCUGUCCCCCCUCAUCCCCUUCUACUACGUCGACUGUGACCAGGCUCAGAACAAGGGGCUGUGCGGAGAGCUCGGCAUCCAAGGAUUCCCGACCAUCAAGGUAUUCCCCCGCGCGAACAAGAGUGCCCCGCGCGACUACAAUGGUCAACGUCAGCGGGGUGACCUGAUCGAGUACGCAAAGCUUCUGAUCCCCGAUCGCGUCCGCAAACUCCGGGCCACCGCCGACGACGUCGAUUCGGUUCUGGACAAGUUCCUGGUCGAGAAGCCGGCGCUGCCCCAUGCUCUGCUAAUCCACCCCUCGGCGCCGUCGAUUCCAUUCCUGUGGAAGGUGCUCGCGGCCCGCCUCCAGAGCCAGGCCGUUCUCGGUUACAUCCGAGACACUCCCAAGCACAGCGUCUUGUCUGCUGUUGAUGUGUACGACGCGAACGACUCGGGUGACACUGCCCGUGUCGUCUUCUGGGAGGCUGGAGAGACUGGCAAGACCAAGGUGGUCCAGUACGAUGGCGCCCUAAAGUUCAACGCACUUCUCGAGUGGCUGGAGUCGGUCGUUGACGGCAAUGCCCCACCAGCUCAGGAGAAGCCCAAGGAGAGCAAGAAGGCAAAGAAGUCGGACAAGUCUGAGGAGGCUGAGAAGUCUGAGGACAGCGAGCCCGCCAAGGCCUCAGCCGACGCUGCCGCCGAAGCCGAGGCUGAGAAGGAGCGCCGCGCCAAGCGCCAGGCCAAGCUCGAUGAGGCCGAGCGCCGCGACCAGGCGCGCCGGGCCAAGCUCGCAGCGAAGAAGGCUGCCGAGGCUGCGGCUGCUGACGAGGGCACUCCCGUCGAGGAGGCGCCUCCUGCCGAGCCCGAGGAUGUCACUGGCAAGGAGGAGGAGCAGCUUGUUGUUCCCGUCGAGGAACCCGAGACUGUCAGCAAGAAGACAGCUUCUACUGAGGACGUCGAGGGCACGCCGGUUGACGCCGCCGCUGCCGAGCCGGAGGAGGCCGCCGAGGACGAGGAGCGCUCGGUCCACGACGAGCUUUAAGGCCGUCAUCCCCAUACUCAUGUAGCCAACGUGCAUGUUUCCAUUACUACACAGUCUUUCCCAUCAUAUGCAUGACGUGCGUUGCGGA